GCCACGUGGCCUUUCCUACAUGGUUCUGCUAGGUUUGGGACCCUGGGGCCCAAGGUGAUCGCUGUGGCGGAUGCGGGAGUGGGGCGAUGGGGUGGUGCGUAGUGUGAAUCGAUGGGAGACUAAGAGUGGACUUGGUCUAGAGACUGUGCAUGUGGAAUGGUUUCCGCUCCUCUCGCAGUGCUCUGUCCCCGCUAAUACAGCGAGCUCUACUUCCGGACCCUGAGCCUUUGCUCCCAUCUUGGGUCAGGGACGGAGAGGGGCGCUGUGCCCCGGCGUCCAUGCUUUGUGUAAUGCGAGAAGGGGAGUGUCUUGUCUAAACCAGAAAAGCGAGCCGCACUUUAAAGGUGUCAAUUAAAAUGAAUGCGGUUCAGAGACUUUUGGCUUCCCGUCUAAUGAAAAGAAGAAUACUGAUAAGGUUUCAAAGUAAUGAUCGGCCAACUGUGCCUCUUGGAUCACGGAUUUUAACAGAUCCAGCCAAAGUUUAUGAACACAACAUGUGGGACCACAUAGAAUGGACAGAAGAAGAGGAAGCAAUAGCUAGAGAAAAAACAACUGAAAACUCAUCUGUGAAAGUGCAGCUGGAAGACCAAGUUAAAUAUGAAAGUCAAGCCAGUAAAUAUUGGAAUAAUUUUUACAAGACUCAUAAGAAUAAAUUUUUCAAGGAUCGUAAUUGGCUGUUGAGGGAAUUUCCUGAAAUUCUUCCUUUUGGACUACACACUAAAGAAGAAAAGGGGAACUUGUCUUGGGAUCAUGUAAAAACUAAUGCUACAGACUCUUUCUCAAAAAUAGACUGCCCAGCCCUGCUUAAAGGAGUGGAAUCUUGUAAAAAUGAUUCUGUUGGUGAUUUUGCCUACAGCCAGAGUGAAAUAAGUUCUGGUGACAACCAACACACUAAAAAGAAGAGAAGAGAGGCUGCAAAGAUCCAGUUGUUUCCUGGUAGCCAUGCUGCUUUCAGGAUUCUAGAGGUUGGCUGUGGUGCUGGAAAUAGUGUUUUCCCCAUACUGAAUGCUCUGAAGAAUGCUCCAGAGACCUUUCUUUACUGCUGUGAUUUUGCUUCUGGAGCAGUGGAGCUAGUAAAGUCCCACUCAGCCUAUAGCCCAGCCCAGUGUUCUGCCUUUGUUCAUGAUGUGUGUGAUGAUGGCUUAUCCUACCCUUUUCCUGAUGGGAUCCUGGAUGUCAUUCUCCUAGUCUUUGUGCUCUCUUCUAUUCAUCCUGACAGGAUGCAGGGUGUUGUAAACAGACUGUCCAAGUUACUAAGACCUGGAGGAAUGUUGCUAUUUCGAGACCAUGGAAGAUAUGAUCUCACUCAACUUCGUUUUAAAAAAGGAUGCUGUUUGUCUGAAAACUUUUACGUUCGAGGAGAUGGUACCAGGGCAUAUUUCUUUACGAAAGGGGAAGUCCACGAUAUGUUCCAUCAGGCUGGGUUAGAUGAAAAGCAGAACCUGAUUGACCGGCGUUUACAAGUUAAUAGGAAAGAAAAAGUGAGAAUGCAUCGAGUUUGGAUACAGGGCAAAUUUCAGAAACCAUUGCAUUCAUUCCAUAAUGAUUCUGAUGAUCUCAUUCCUGGGGUUUCUGCUGGUUGAAGAGUGUACUUUUUCAAGAUCACCCCAUGCAAAGGUCUCUCCAAAAAUUCUUCUUGAAAGAAUUAGAAGCUAGAACUGAAAUAUCAUAUUUGGUUCGCUUAUCAUAGGUGAGGCCUUCCAUUAAGCUUAUACAUAUGUACACAUAUUAAAUGAUAUGGAAGGAUUUACUCUCUGCAUUUGAUAAUUUUAAAAAAUUAGUAAAUGUGAAUUGCUCAGGCAUAUUUGUUUGUGUUUGUUACUUCUAAGCCUUUGUCUUUUUUUGAAAAUGGUUAAAAAACAAAAUAUUACCUAUUCAGCUUACUGCUAAUUGAGAUUGCUUGAAAAAAACAAAAAAACACAAUAGCCUGCCUAUUUUAAGAAGUAGAGAUAAUCAUCUGCUUUAUUUAUACCAUUGGGUUCAGUAAUCAGUUCACAAGCAUAUUCUAGCUGUGCUCAGUUGUCAUCUGUCACCAAAUAGGCAUCAUAUCUGUUUCCAGGGAAAUUCAGGAAAAGCCCAAGAUUUUGCUCAAAGCUAUUUUUUUCCUCUCCUAAUUCAGAAACUAUCUGGAGUAAAUUUUGACUUUUUCUUUCCUUUCCUAUGUAUCUGCUAUUUUGUUCUUGUGACAAGUGGCCCAUCCUCAAGUAUUGUUUCUAAAUGUUACCAGGUACACAGAUUAUUGAGGUUUUUUUUUUUAAUAACAAAUAUAAUACUUCUGAAAAUGUUAAAAUUUAAAGAAUUUAAAAUUUCAGUAUACAAAAAUGAAAUUAAUUAUAUGUUUUUCCAAUACAUAUUCAUUCUAUUGUAGGGCAUGCAAAUGAAGUGGAAGACCCUGCACUCUAGGAGUUUGUAGUCUCAUUGGGAGUAGUAAGAUUAAAGAAAUGCGAAAGUCUAAAUUUAGACUAAGUAUGAAAAUUCUUAUAAGCAUUGUAAGAAAUCAUGUUGUCUGGAAUGGCUAGGGAGAGACCUGAAUUAGACUCAAUAAGCUACUUAAUAUUUUGAUAGAUGAUAAGGACAUAAGGAGAAGAAGGUGAAUUUCAGCAUGAAUAUAGUAUGAUUGGACUAGCCUAGCUGAAGUUAAAGAGUCUUGUGUCAGGUAACCUCUCCAUUGAGAGAGGUUAGAAGAGACUGCUAUAGCCAUCAAAUCAACCUGCAUGUUUUACAGAUAAGGAAACAAAAGGUCCCAAAAGGUUGUGACUCACUCAAGUCAUACAGACACUAAGUAUUAGAUAAUAGGAUUUGAACUACAAAGCUAUUCCUCUUCCCCCAGCAUUACUGCAGCCUUCUGCUCUUAGGUUGGAGCCAAAUGUCGGAAGACCUUGAAGCUAAAAAGUCCAGAUUUUAUCCUAUAGGCAACUGAGAGGCAUUGAAGAUUUUUGAGCUUAAAAAAAAAAAAACAGAAUUGAAAGGGUGCUGUAGAAAGAUUAAUCUGGCAGUGGUAUGCAGGAUAGAUUGAAUAGAGGAAAGAUUGUAAAUGAAAUGAGGACAGCCUUGACUGGUUUGGUGGCAUGUGUCAAUAGCAAUAUUAAGGUUACAUGUAUAAAUCAGUAGAUGUAAAAGCCAAGAUUUGCAUCAGAAUCUUAACUCAUCUACAUUUCCCAUAAUUAAAGUGUACAUUUAAAAGCCAAACUGGUAAUUGAAAGUAUUCCAUACAGCACAGGCAAUUUGGAUAAGUUAAUGUUGCUAUGGGAACCUGAGCACAACCUACUUCUUGUGUUUCAAUUUAAAAAUCGUGGCCCAAGGUGGUUUAAAAAACAACAGAAGGUAAAAUUAUGCUCACAUCUUCACACAUGGAAAUUGUACUGUCUGCAAGUUGUAAAUAGCAGGUUCAAGCCAGCCACUUGACAGGCACAGUAAAAACCAGUCUUGUGUCUUUGUACAGUAUGUUAUAGCAUAUACAUUGACCUUUUAAAGCUUUAAAAAUGUCAACCAAAUUGGAACCAACUCACUGCCCAAGUACCAAGUGGGGCUUCCUCUGGCUCCUGCCCAAAACUACUUUUCUAUCCUUAUAGAUUGUCACCAGAAUCCUAUUCCUUCUCCUAUUCAAUCUGUGUGUCCCUUCACCUGUCUCUCUGAAUUAGACCCCUGUGCAGGAGAAGCUACUUGGGUAAAGUGAGGCAGCAGAGAAAGAAAGGAAUGGGUAUUGAAACAUCCAGAGCGUCCAAUUCAAUCCAAUUUUAAUAAGUGCCCUAUAUACCCAGCACCAUGUUAAGUAGUAUUUUCCCUCAGAAAACCUACAUCUCUGCCUAGAAUCAUAGGAAGACAGGAAAAUUUCAAUAUCACCAGAUUAGAAUGACCUUUUAAAUGUUUCAUAGCUCUGUGGAAUCUUUAUUUAACAGCCUUCCAUGUGCUCGCUUUUUUUCUUGUUCAGGUUCACAAAAUCAAUGAUAGAGUAUGAUAUGUGAGAGUUUAUUUGCUUUUAAAUGAAUUGAAUUUCAGAAAGCACCCAUUUUCUCAUAUACUGAAGAGGAGUAUACUUGUUUACUUUCUCAAAAUCCAGAAACAACUGAACAUUUUAUUUUAAAUUUCCUUCCUAUUUUACUCAUUAAAAAAAUUAAACUAAAUUGAUUCCAGGCAGUAACAAAGUAUGAAAAGUUUCAAGCUUGAUGAGAAAUAUUUCAAAAAGUAAAAAAGUCAGUAUAGCUGUUUCUAUUAUUAAUGUUUUACAUUUGCUGUGAUACAUCUGUGGAAUUGAAACACUCAGCUAAUAAUAACUUCAGAGAAUUUGCCUAUUUUGUUUGCCCCAGCCUCUUGAGAUGUCUGCCAUGUCCCUCAUUUGUGAAAUCAUUUUAUGUACCCCAGUUUUCAAUGUUUGGUAAUUUAAAUGCUUGAUGUUAUAGUCCAGAUGUGGAAAUAUGUCCAUUUCCAGAUAGAUGCUCAACUAGGGAACAGCAUUUAGAGCAUUUGGAUUGUUAAACUUUAGAUAAGCUAAAUAAACACCUGCCUGAGAACUAACUAACAUUUCUGUGGCUUUCCUAAUAUAAAACUAAGUUGGGAAAGAUUGAAUCUCUCACAAGUCUUGCCUUUUAUUAGUUUUUAUGUUGCGUUUCUUACAAGUUUGCAAACAAAUUAACAUUAAUUGCCUACUUUCAAAAGACAUUGAUCUUUUCCUUCUUUCUUUUUCUUAAGUUUUAUUCACACCAUUUGUUUUAACAGCAAAGUCAUUUUCAAGACAUAGGACUCUCUCCUCCCCAGUAGCCCGAAUUCCCUUAUAAGAAAAGUUGAGCAAAACCAAGUUUCUACCAACUCCAACAAGGUAUGAUAAGUCCAUACCCACAGUUCUCUACCUUUUCAAUUGGUUUUUGACUGAACUCAAUGCUUUCCUACCUUUAGAUAGAGUUUGUUAGUCUAUUUGCAAAUCGGCACAGUAGUCUCAGGCCUCUAACUUAUAAUUAGCCUAUUUAAGCCAAUGUUUUUUUCUCUGCUUCUAAUUAGGAUAAGAUAUAUAAUAUGGUAUAAUGGAAGGAGCACUAGAUUUGAAGUCAAAAGAUCUAGUAUUGAAUCCCAGAUAUACUCUCUGCUCCUAGUAUUCCCCUGGGUAAAUCAUUUUUCUCUGAAAUUUGUUUUCUCACCUUAACAUGGAGAGGAUUAGACAUGAUGACCUUUAAGCUCCAAAUCUUUGAUCCAUUUAUUUAGAUAAAUGGCUGUUGCUUAGUUAUGAUUAUGAAGAUUUCCUAUAAACAGAUAAUUGGAUUUUUAUUUAUUUUUAAAUUUUUAACUUUAAUUUUUGUAAAGUUUUGGAUUCCAAAUUCUCACCCUCCCUUCAACACCUAUCCCACUUGUUGAGAAGACAAGCUAUUAAAUGGAGCUGAUUUAAAGUGACAUAUUCCUUUGCACUGACUGCCCUCCAUGCAUUGUAUCCACCCCACCCCCCACCUUAGUUUCCUUGGUUUCUUUCCAGACAGAUCAAAUCCUAUUUUCCUAAUACCCCUACCAGGUACCCCUACUUCAUUUCAAAAAUUACCUCACAUUUACUCUUAUUUAUGUCUCAUAUAUACCUAAUUAUUUCCCAGAAAUAGCACGUGAAGUACUUUGCAAACCUUAAAAUGCUAUGUAAACUCUAGCUAUUAUUAAUUGUUGUUCAGUUUUUUCAGUCAAGCCCAACUCUUCAUGACCCCAUUUAGCACUUUCUUGGCAAAGAUUCUGGAGUAGUUUGCCAUUUCCUUCUCCAACUCAUUUGACAGAUAAAGAAAAUAAGGACAGGGCUCAGUGACUUACCCUGCAUGUCACAUGCAGUAAAUAUCCAAGGCUAGAUUUGAACUUAGGAAGAGGAGUCUUCCUGAUUUUGUAGCACUUUAUCCACUGCACCACCUAGCUAUCUAUACUGGUAGCAGUAAUAUUUAUUUUGAUGUUUAUUUCCCCCAUUAUAAUGUGAGCUCCUUGAGGGCAGGUACUUUUUUUGCAUUCCCAGUACUUAGCACAAUAGCAUAUACUUAAAUACUUUUUGAUGGAAAAAAUAAAAUUUUAUCUUUA